AUGGGCCACCAGGAGUCUCCGCAGGCCCGCGCGCGGGAGGGAGACGCGGCUUAUAUAAAAAGGUUAUGUAAAGGGCUCAGCUGGCGCGAACACGUGGAGAGCCACGGGGGCCCGGGAGCCUGGGCCGGCUCGGCGUGCGCGGGCCCCGGGGCGGCAGCAGCAGGAGCGGCCACCGCGGAACCUGUCGCCCGGCGCACCCGGUCCUCCGCUUCCCGCGCUGCUCGGUCCCCCAGGCAGCUCCGGUUCGGAGCGGACCAUCCCGGAGCGAGGCUGCCGGGGGGGAGACGGCCCGUACGCAAGUCGAGGGACGCCGGCCAGGUCACAAUCCAAGAUCCCGCUGUUUCGCGUCCCAGGGCCGGACAGAGGGAUGAGGCAGGGGGGGCCCGGGCAGCGCCGUUGCUGCUCCCCCCGCCGCUCGCAGCCAUGGAAACGGGGGAGGAGGACGGCGCCCGCCGAGGAACACAAAGCCCGGAGCGGAAAAGGCGAAGCCCAGUGCCGCGGGCGCCCGGCGCGAAGCUGAGGCCGGCGGCGGCCCAGGCCAUGGAUCCUGUGGCGGUCGAGGCCCCGGGCGAGGCCUACCUGGCUCGGCGGCCGCCUGAGGGCGGCGGCGGGUCGGCGCGGCCGCGCUACAGCCUCCUGGCGGAAAUCGGGCGCGGCAGCUACGGCGUGGUGUACGAGGCAGUGGCCGGGCGCAGCGGGGCCCGGGUGGCGGUCAAGAAGAUCCGCUGCGACGCCCCCGAGAACGUGGAGCUGGCGCUGGCCGAGUUCUGGGCCCUGACGAGCCUCAAGCGGCGCCAUCCGAACGUGGUGCAGUUCGAGGAGUGCGUCCUGCAGCGCAACGGGCUGGCGCAGCGCAUGAGCCACGGCAACAAGAACUCGCAGCUCUACCUGCGCCUCGUGGAGACCUCGCUCAAAGGAGAGAGGAUCCUGGGCUAUGCGGAGGAGCCCUGCUAUCUCUGGUUCGUCAUGGAGUUCUGCGAAGGUGGAGACCUCAAUCAGUAUGUCCUGUCACGGAGGCCUGACCCGGCCACCAACAAAAGCUUCAUGCUCCAGCUCACUAGUGCCAUUGCCUUCCUGCACAAAAACCACAUCGUGCACAGGGACCUAAAGCCGGACAACAUCCUCAUCACCGAGCGGUCGGGCACCCCCAUCCUCAAGGUGGCCGACUUUGGACUAAGCAAAGUCUGUGCUGGGCUGGCACCCCGAGGAAAAGAGGGCAAUCAUGACAACAAAAAUGUGAAUGUGAAUAAAUACUGGCUGUCCUCAGCCUGCGGCUCGGACUUCUACAUGGCUCCCGAGGUCUGGGAGGGACACUACACGGCCAAGGCGGACAUCUUUGCCCUGGGCAUCAUCAUCUGGGCCAUGAUCGAGAGAAUCACUUUUAUUGACUCUGAGACCAAGAAGGAACUCCUGGGGACCUACAUCAAACAGGGGACUGAGAUCGUCCCUGUUGGCGAGGCGCUGCUAGAAAACCCAAAGAUGGAGUUGCACAUCCCCCAGAAACGUAGGACUUCCAUGUCUGAGGGGAUCAAGCAGCUCUUGAAAGACAUGUUAGCUGCUAACCCACAGGACCGGCCUGAUGCCUUUGAACUUGAAACCAGAAUGGACCAGGUCACAUGUGCUGCUUAAAAAUUCAGGGCUGAGCAUCUUGGGUGUUAUAAACUAGGUGAGUCCGUCGGGACCCAGAGUCUCAUCGUGUCUCGGACCCAGGACGGCAGAGGGGACAGUGGUGGCCUGGCCACUUGGCCAUCUCCCGGCAGCUGGCUCUCCAGCAAUGUGAAACUUUUGUUUGCGUUUCUUCUUCUAGUGUUGCUUACUUUGUCUUUUCUUUCUCUGCUUUAAUUUAAACCAUUGAAACUUCAGGAGAGCAGGAAGCCACUCUGUGGACAGGCCAUCUUUGAAAGAACUUAAUAUGGACAUCAACUUAAAGCAUACACAUCAGUUUCCUUGUUGGGUUUUGUAAGGGGCCAGGAAGCAACUUGGUUUAUGUCCUUUACUCUCCCUUUGUUGUCUUUCAUUUUAAUACACCUCCCAGUUGUGCUUGUAGCACCUGACUUCUCCAGAGCAGCCCUGUGGGGAGUUUCUCCAUAAAAGGGGGAACUGCAAGGCUCCUCAGGGGUGCUGAUCCUGGCCUUGGACACAACAAUCAGCAGCUAAGAACCACCUGGAAGAUGACAGGGUUUGCCCAGAACCCUGGAGAGGACUCACUGUGGGUGUUCUCAUAGAGCUGCUGGGAACCCAGCCACACCAGGGUUCAGAGCUCCGAGGAGCGGCUCCUCCCACUGUGCUUUCUGACCCGCCGGGGACCCAGGAAGAAGUGAGAGGAGACCGCCUCCUCCCACUUACUGACAUGGCUGGAUAGCAACCCCGCCCAGCGCCCUGUUAGGGAAAUAGGGAAAAGCUGUCAUGCCAAACCUCAGCCUGGGCCAUAGUAGGGUCUUCUGGGGCACCUCAUUCCCAAGAAGCCAGCACACCUCGCCCUCUGCCUGCUGGACCAUUUCUCCCCAUGUGCCCUCAAGCGUCUGGGAUGUGAGUGUCCCACAUACUGUGUGGGGCCCUAAACUCUGGCCCUGGCCACUGCCACGAUAACGGGGUGUGGUGUCUUUACUGGCUGCCACUGUCGUUUCCUUACAAUGAAUGGUGUAUCCUGUGCACCUGGGACCCACACCGCCACCUACAGUGACACUCCAUGAAACACCAUCUCUCUCACCUUUGAGGACUCCACUUGGUGCCCACCCUGAGUGUCAACACAUCUUACAGAGGAAAAAAGGCCUGCCCUAAGCAGGGAGGUGUCUGCUGGGUGGGCUGCACACAGAGGGGCCUGGCCCCCUUAGAGUGUUCCAGCCAUGAUCCGACUCAGCUCUGCACCCUUGUCCCUCACCACUGCCUGCACCCCUGCAACAGCGCCUAGGAGACGACUCCUCCAGGGCUGCUCUCGCCCUCCAGGCCCUGGAGAGAAGGGACUCCCCUUUACCGCACCACAGCGCUGCUCCCUACUCUGGUCUCCUGAGAAAGGAACAGGACUUGUUCUGUGUUCAUUUUUGUUUCUCGUUUUACCUAAACCAGCAUAGGAUUGGCAGGGGAGAUAGCUUGUGUGCGACCAAGGGGGGCUGUCUCCGCCCCCCCCCCCCAAAGCACCAACCCCUUGGCCCUAUUGUCUCUCCUGGCCCCAAGGCCACGCUGCUUCCUCCUGGGCCAGUGGCAGCUGCUGUUAGCAGAGGACCCACAGGGCUGCCAUGGCGACCGUGACCAGGCCCUUUCUCACCUCUGCAUGGACUGCGUUCCUGUCUCCCCCACCCGCCAUCCCGCGGGGGCAGCUGCCUUCCCUACAUAUGAGCAAGUGGAAAAAACAGCCCCCAUACUCCCCACCCCAGCUCCCCAGGCCACAGUCGGGCUCAACUCCCUGAGAGGGCCUGAGCCUCACCUCCAUCUGUCCGAUGCUCCUGCUGCCCCUGACUCUCAGAGGGGCUGUUGUGCUUCCACUCUUGUUUCCUUUAGUAUCACCGUGUCCCCAGCAGACCAGAGGCCUGCCUGGUCAGGGAGUCAGCUGCCCAUUCCCUGGGAGUCAGCAGCUCCCUCUGGCAUGGUAGCCAGGCCUCCUUUCCCAGCUCCAAGUGCCUCUCUCCCUCCCUUUUUUUCUUUUCCCUUCUCUCUUCUGCCCUACCCCAAUGUCUGCCCUCUACCCACCCAGGCACUUGGCCAGGUAGGUGGAGGUCAACCUCCAUAAGUGUAGACUUGGCUAUGAUGAGUGUCCUUGCGGAGCCCUGUGGUCUUAAGCCAUUGUCCACCUCUUUCCCUGAGAAUCGGCCUCUUACUGUCCCUUCCCUCAGCUCCUGCACCUGCCAGCAGCUCUAGGGGGCAGCAUCUCAGUGCCGGCAAGUUUGUUAGAUGUGUCCAGGUUCUAGGAGUUUCCAAACCUUAGACGGCAAUCAUUCGUUCCCUUGUAUCUGUGCAAAGGUGGCCCAUAGGAGGGAGAAUCUUUGCUCAGCCCUAAUAGAUCUGGGUGUGACGUCACCAUUGGCAAGGAGCAGGCAGGACUGAUCAUAGUGCCUUAUCCCAUUGUCCUCCACGGACCAGCCCUCCGGCUCCAUGUCCCUCUAUGUACAUUUGUCACUUGCACUCUUGACCUGCCCACUCACAGGUAGCCACAGGCCUGUCUCCCCACCCACUGCCUGGGCAGUCAGCAGCUAUGUCCCAGAAUAGAGCUGUGCUGUACUCUUGGCUUCUUCCCUCCAUUCAGGAGCACUCUGCCAGCUGGCUGUCCCAGACUGGCUCUGUCUGGCCACCUUCUGGGCCCCAGGAUUCAGCCCCAAAGGCGUCCAGACAAGAGUUCUGUCUUCCCAUCCCAACAUGGCUUGUGGCUUGCCCCUACCCCGUGGCUGUCUUCCCAAGGGAAGGUGUUAAGAUGUUUACCUGAGAAAUACCCUGUUUACAGCUGGAGGAGAACCGAGCCCAGCACAGUGCGAGCUCAGUGCCUGCACAAAGCCUGCCCAUAGUGCCCCAGAGCCAAUGAAGGCAGAGGUGCUGGGGUGGUGGGAAGGGUUGUCCCUACUCUGCUCCCUAACCCGGUGGUGCUAAGACCGUGUUCCCCAUUCCCCGCAGCCUUCCUGCUUCUGAACUCCUUCCUGCCCAUUCCCCGGGUGUUUCUACCCUCUGGGACUCUCUGCUCCUUCAUGUAGCAUCACUUGCCUCCUAGCCUAGAAAACCAGUGUUUGGAGCAAUAAGAUUAUUAUUAUUUUUGUCUGUAUCUUUUUCUAAGACAAGGAAAAUUGCUGACAAGGUGGGAAUUUUUUUUUUGACUUUAAUGCUGUCGGCUAUUUACCUUCUUAGAAGACAAACCUUAGUAGGAUGUUAUGUCUGGGUUUUAGCUUUGGUUUCUCUUUGGAAACUUGGAAAAGCAGGAGUCACAGUGUCACCCCCUGAGGAGGGGCCCUAGCUGCUUUCCCCUGGCCCCAGCCCUGCCCUGCCAAGGGCUGCCUCCCACCCCCUUCCUACUCAUGCCCCCACACUGCCAGAGAACACUGUUGGCUGUCACUCCAGCCAGGUCUUGGAGUGUUCCCUUGGUAGGUGGUCCCCAGACGGGUACAGCUGCUGGGAGUUCCUCGGGGCCUGCAGCACCACAACAUCCAGGCUUGAGGUGGGUGCUGCCUCUGCUCUCUUAUUCCUGGUGCCCACUGCUCCUGCCCUCCAGGGUAGACCUCUUUGGCCUGAGACGGGGCUGGCCAGCAGUGUGCCCAUAAGUCAUCACCAAGAGACAAGCCCACCACCCUUGAGGUUGCAGGGUGUCAGAGGGCCCUCUCCCCUUGUUUUCUCCCAGGGAAAGGAGAACACGAGCAAAUAUAGGGGCUAUUUCCUGUCCCAGGGGCAUCCACAACUAAGCAGGGAGUGUACUUCAUGGCUUCUUGCAACCAGGUUUUAAGCCAGACACAAAGUUAGUUCCAAAUACGAGUUAAUGAAUCUAUUUUUCUUCCUUUUUUUUUGCACAGAAGCUGGUAAUCUAGGACCUACGUGUGAACAACCUUUCUAGGACUCUUUUUUUGUACUUGGUUUACUCGGGUUGGUAUGAAACGUUGUAUUUAAGUUCCUCGAACACUGUGCAUCCCCCAACGUGUAUGAAUGACUGAGGCUUUGUAAAUUAAGGGACGUUUGUGUGAAUAAAGUUAUUUGAUGGGG